AGAUUGACAAUGUAACAUGUAAACGCCCUAACUCCCAACGAACAUGCUUACCCUGCUCCUGCUCCUCUCACUUCACCCGCCAUCUCACACCACCCUCUGCCCCUGUGACGUCACACCUCAAACAUGUGACACUGACUGUUGUUGUGACAUUUCCUGUUCUGCUGAACAAGUCCUCUCCUUCACAUGCCAAACAUUCCUGCUCUCCGACUCCAAGUUGUGUUGUGAAGACAAGUUGACCCUGACCCUGGAAGGGAGCUAUCAGAACGUCAGGACAUGUUCCAGUAACCUGGCUUGUUUGCAGGAUACUCCCCGCUCUUACGGAGGGUUCCCUGACGGGGAACCACCUGAUAGCACCGUGUGGAGGAGUCAGCUGGGAAGUUCCCCCGCCACGGUAGAAGUAGGUUCUCAGACUCAGUAUCAGGACAGUGAUGUGUUGUUGCAGGAUAACGGGGCGGAUCCUGCUUCCAGGUUCAUGUUCCCUGUUCAGUUUCACGGCGAUCUGUGUGCUAAGAGCCCUGUUUUGUUUUACUCGGAGAUACAAUCAUCUUGUAGGAGGAAAGUAGAUAUGGGGGAAGUGUGUAAUGCUGGUAGUAUGUUAGAUUACCACAGCUAUCUUAACACUCUGCUCUCCUUCCCUGCAGCUAAUUCUACUGAAGUUGUAGACUUGUCUGAUGCUGACAACAUUGUUUUCUACUGCCUUGAUUCUUCUAAGGGACUUAAAGAAAAAUGUACAUUGAACCCGAUAGGAGCUGUUCCUAAAGUUGCAAAUGGUUUGUGUGUCAACGCUGUUCAAGAAGUAGCGAUUUAUCUGACAGUUUCUGCCGACAAAAUGACUAUAUCAAGCGCUGCUGUUCGUGUUACCUUGACAUCUUACCAAACCAACUCACCAGAUAAACUCUCCCAGAAGUUCUCCAUAUCCUACCAACCAAGCUCACAAGUAAACAUGAUAUCCGGUAAUUUUGGGUAUGUCCGGGGUUCUCACAUCCUCUCAGGAGCAGUCCUGUUAGAAACAAACUCUGAUCCUGAAGUUAUCAUGAACUCAGAUUCAACUCACCGGAUCUUGUCCCUGUUCAAGUCCCAGGACUGCUCUCAGUUUUCAGACCACCCUAUUAGUUUUGGUACUGGGUAUUACACAGGGUGUAAGAUGGAGCUGCCGUUCUAUAACUUUGAGGUGAUGUCUGGAGGUGAUAAGGAGCAGUAUUGUCAGGUGAUUAAGGGUAUUAGUGGUAGUGUCUUCAACGUUACUAAAGGGAUCGUUGUAGGGGCAACAGGUCGAGCCAGCACAAGUGACUUAUCUCAGUGGGUCUACGUAGAAACAGAGCCUGAUAUCUCAAGCCCAGCAGUGAGCCUAGAGAGCACUGUGAAGUGCAGUGACGUCAUUAGUCACGUGACCUACAAAGUGUUCUACACUGAGGUGGGGGAGGCGGGUGAUCUGCAGGCUAUCAUUACCGCCGUUAAAGUACAGUUCACCACUCAGGAUGUAGUAUUAUACUGCAGCAGUACACACUGUACCUCCAACAAGGCCCAGUACGUGGUGCUAUCCAACAGUGUCCAGUUCCACUACAACACCCCCGACCUUCACCACAGAUACAAGGUCAACCCCCGUACCACUGCGCUGCUGCCUCUAGACUUCUUCUACCCUAUCACUGCGGGAGGGAGACGAGCUAGUGUGGGGUUAGGAUGGGGCUGUGUCGUGCUGGGUUAUUGUUUUAGCAGGCUUAUCUGGGCAGUUUGAUCUUUUAGUGUUUUAUUUUAGAAGCUGGAUGAAUUAGCUGCUCCACACGUUUAUUUGCUGCAAGAUUUCUGACAUGUGCUUGUCCAUCUGACAUUCUUUCGUUAUUCAUAGAAUCUUCUAGGAUAGUUAGUACAUAUUCUACUUUUUGUAAUACUACCUGACCAUAUUUUAUACACGAGUAACGUAUUUAUUCAGAUAUUUUAUUCGCAGACAUCGCUAGCUUGUAACGAGCUUUGAUUAUUUAUUGAAUGUACAGUUUUGUUGAAUGUAUUUAAACUGUUAAUAUCACAAUCUAAUUUAUUAAUCUAUACAAUUUGUUUACGUACCAGAUCACCGCUUGGUUACUAUAAGUAUAUUAAUGUAUCACUUUAUAUUAUGCACUUGACACAAGUGUGAUCUUAUUAUGUAUGUGACAUUACUAGUACUAAAUUAUAUUUCAACUGAUCUGUUUUGAAGAUUUAUUUUGUAUCUCUUUCU